AUGGCGGAUAUCAGGACGAUCACCGGCAGGAAAGGUGACAUAUACUCUACGAAACUCGGCUCAGCUUCUUGGUACUUCUAUGAUCGAUCCGGGUCUCUUGUAUCACAGCUUUUCAUUCUAGAUGACGUGGGUGAUGCCACUGCCAACGCCAACGACAUGCUGACUGCUGGUGUACAUUGUGACAUCAAGCCUGAGAAUGUUCUGUUUGAUGACAAUUUCACUGCAAAGGUAUCUGACUUUGGUCUUGCCAAACUGAUGAGCAGAGAGCAAAGCCACGCCUUCACGAUGCUGAGAGGCACCCGAGGCUAUCUUGCGCCGGAGUGGAUCACCAACCGCGCCGUCUCAGAGAAGUGUGACGUCUAUAGCUAUGGGAUGGUCCUGCUCGAAAUAAUUAGUGGGAGGAGGAACUUUGAUCCCAUGGAGGACUCGGAGAAAGCCCAUUUCCCACCCUUUGCGUUCAAGAAGAUGGAGGAAGGUGAUCUUCGUAGUAUCUUCGAUGCCAAGCUCAAUUAUGAUGGAGAUGAUGAUCGGAUGGAUAUAGCGAUCAAGGUUGCUAUGUGGUGCAUCCAAGAAGAUUUCCACCAGAGACCUGCCAUGUCAAAAGUUGUCCAGAUGCUUGAAGGGGUAUGUGACGUGCCCCAUCCACCGACAUCCUCGCGAACUGUAUCCAUACUCCAUGAGACAGCUUACAAACCGAGUAGUGCGUUACCUUCAGCCGUGCAGCUCUCUCAAGCUAGAUGA